ACCGACGCUUCUAAGACUGGUGAUUCGACAGCCACCGGCACCGACGCCUCCAAGACCGGCGACUCGACUGCCACUGGCACUGACGCCUCCAAGACUGGCGAGUCUACUAGCUCCACUACCCUGAGCACUGCUGCCAGCACCACCAGCGACGGCUCCAGCUCCUCCGAGACCGGCUCCAACGGCAGCAGCACCACUGAUGGCUCCAACGGCGGUUCCAACGGUGGCAGCAGCGCAACUGAGACUGCUCCCUCCAGCACCUCGACCGACUCUGCCGCUUCCAAGACCGUCCUCGGCAGCGGCGCCCUGGGUGCUCUUGCGCUCGCCGCUUUCUUCAUGCUCUAA